AGCCUGGAUUUCUGGAGGUUGCUCUACACUCUUCUGAAACAAAUCCACGGAGGCAAGUGGACUGAGUCUGAUGUCAUAGAUACCCAAAUUAGGUUUGUAAAAUCAGCAUUGUGGUACCAUGGCUAUGGCAGGCCAGAACUCUAUCGGCUCCCCUCCGAUGGCUCAGCGGGUAGUCGGGAGCUGCUGCUGGCGUUUUCCUGGCUGCUGCACAGACUUGGCCUCUUGGAGCAGCUUUUGGCUCGGAACAGAGUAAAGACUGGGGAUGAAACCUCUGUAUGCACGUGUGAAGAUGAUCUGCCCAACAGCCAGGAAGGUACAACUGAAAUAGAACCUGAAUACGAGCUAGAAGGCAGAGUAGAUGUUCGACACCUUCAGUGGUUAAAUGGGAGGCUGAGGUUCCAGUGGCGGAGUUUGCAUGCUCAGCACCAAGAACAAUGCAGACUUUUGCACAAGAUCCAUUUAUUCACUAGUGGCUCUCAUGUGGACCAGAUCCUUGGACAUUUUUCUGUCACAGAAACAGAUCUUGUUAGACAACCGGAGAAUUACAAGCAGCUGUUGCAGCUUCUGGAGUCUGAAACCAUGCAACUAGAAGCCUUUCUGGAGUGGAAGCAACUGGAACCAGUUUAUUGGCAGUGGAUGGAAACUGUGUUAGAUAAUAUGGCUGAAGAGGGAAAUACGUGCGAAUCCCAGGAUGCUCAUGUAGAGAAAAGCGGGCUGCCAAAGGUGACCUCGUACUGCCCCUGGGCUGACAGUCUGACUGGACAAAUUGACAGAUUAUCCAGAGAUCUAAUGACUCUCCAUGACCAGCUGCAGAAGCUUGUAACUCGCCGAAAGGCUGCAUGGUGUGAGAAGAUGAAAACAAGAGAGGAUGAACUACAGAAGGAGGGGUUCUCUGCCACUGCUAGAAAGACACAGGAAAGUGUUGAACUAAAGCUGUUAGAUCUUGCAUACCUUUGUGCUCCAAAAAAAAAUAAAAUGCACGGUUCAUGCAGACUGGUGUUCAGAAGAGAGCAUCCUGCCAGCAAAACGGGCUUUGGUAGGUCUGUAUCCAAGGAGCCUGUUCCAGCUGUCAGUGCUACAGAGGUGAUCAGAGAACUGCGGGUGAGAGAGGCCAGCCUGGAGAGAGAGCUGAAGCAGCUGCAGGAAGAAUGCAGGCAGAGGCUGGAUGAAAUUGCAGAAGGGUUGGAUGGAGUGAUUUGUAUCUCCCCUUGA